AUGUUUAGUAGAAAAUUUCUGAGAUUAAAAUCUCAGAUCAAUAUUUCUUUACGCGGAAUUAAAACAAGUGAAGUUUUUAAAAAGGACAUUAGGAGUUCUGAUAAACCGCCACGAAUUUUAAUAACAGGUGGAUUAGGACAAUUAGGAACAGAAUGCGCAAAACUACUACGCAAAAAUUAUGGCAACGAAAAUGUUAUCCUAUCAGACAUAAUAAAACCCUCAAAUGAAUCUUUAUCAAACGGGCCAUUUAUUUUCGCAGAUAUUUUAGAUUUCAAAGGGUUGCAGAAAAUAGUCGUCAAUCAUCAAAUCGAUUGGCUAAUACAUUUCAGCGCACUGCUAAGUGCUGUUGGGGAGCAAAAUGUUCCAUUAGCUGUGCGUGUCAAUAUUGAAGGGAUGCACAAUGUGAUGGAGUUGGCUAAACAGUAUAACUUAAAAAUAUUUGUACCCUCAACAAUCGGAGCUUUUGGUCCUGACUCGCCACGUAAUCCUACGCCUAACACGACUGUGCAACGACCAAGAACAAUUUAUGGUGUCAGUAAAGUACACGCUGAACUUCUUGGUGAAUAUUACCAUCACAGAUUUGGCCUUGAUUUUCGCUGCUUGAGAUUCCCAGGUGUAAUUAGCAGUGACCCUCCUGGCGGUGGUACUACAGAUUAUGCAGUUGCAGUUUUCCAUGAAGGGUUGAUGACUAAAAGAUAUGAAUGCUACUUAGAACCUUAUACGAAAUUACCUAUGAUGUAUAUUGACGAUUGCUUGAACUCUUUGUUCCAAUUCCUCAACGUUCCUGAUGAGAUGCUGAAAAAGCGAACUUAUAAUGUAACUGCAAUGAGUUUUACACCGGAGGAGUUAUUUAAUGAACUACGUAAACAUAUUCCUGAUCUUCAAAUUUCAUAUAAACCAGAUUCACGGCAAUUGAUAGCUGAAUCAUGGCCGCAAGUAUUUGAUGACUCGGAAGCUCGUAAUGAUUGGGGAUGGUCGCAUAAAUAUGAUUUAAAGAGGCUCGUUUCAACAAUGAUCCAAGAUGUUAGUGAGAAUUUUGCGCCUAAAUAUCAAAGACUCAAGGAAGUUAACAGCUACGCAUAA